AUGGCCCGUGCAAGUGGAUUCAAACCAAAAAAACCCUAUCAUCUUAAAGAUAACAUGCAGAAUAAGUCUGAAAACAUUUGGAUUGUUCCAGAACUUACUCCUAAAAUUGAAAGCAGUGAAAAUCUAGCAAAUGAGUCAGUUUUAGAUAAUAAUCGUAAUGAAAAUUCGCAAAAUGAAGAUAAUGAUUUAGAAAAUGAACCAAAUCAGCCCCAACUAGUAAGAAGAGAACAAAAAACAGUACACCACCUGCCAGAGACAGCGUCUACUUCUUCUAGUUCUAACUCCGGUCGAUAUCGCAAACGUGAAAUAACAGAAAGCGAGCAAACAAUUAUUAAUUAUUUGAAAGCUAAAACCAGUAGGAUUGAAGAUGCGAGGGAUUUCGAAAAUGAACCGGAUAUCAGUCCCAUGCACCACUUUUUACUAAGCUUGCUACCCGUUUUGGAAAAUAUGACAGAAGAACAGCAAAGACAUUUGAAAAUCAAAAUUAUGAUCCUUGUUAAUGAAAUAAAGUUCAAUAGUUCUCAGUCUAGAGUCUAG